AACACGUGAGGCCCUCUGUUAGGUUGAGCUGCGCACGGAAUUGGAAGCUCCUGCUUCAGCGAAAUCAUGUUUCUCCAGUAUUACCUCAAUGAACAGGGAGAACGGGUCUAUACCCUGAAGAAGUUUGAUCCUCUAGGACAACAGACCUGCUCGGCCCAUCCUGCUCGGUUCUCCCCAGACGACAAAUACUCUCGACACCGAAUCACCAUCAAGAAACGUUUCAAGGUGCUGAUGACCCAGCAGCCGCGCCCUGUACUCUGAGGGUCCCUUAAAUUCCAUGUCUCUCCUGCCACCUGCUACCCCUUUCUGAGACUACGAAACCAAGCUUUUCAGCCUGUGAGCCUUGAAGCCUUCUCACCGCCCUUGCUCUGUGGAAUCCGGUGUCAUCAGUACUUUGGAACAUGCUUGUGCGAAGCAGUCAUGGUAGCAUCCCCCUUAAAGGGAACAAGUUUGAAUCUUCUUUUCAUAUUUUGAGUCACUGCCAGGUUAUUAAAAUAAUUUGAAAGAGCUCUUAUUUUACAUGUUGUGUAAAGGAAAGGGUGGUUUAGAAACAAAACAAAAAAAAACACACAAAAAAAACGAGGAAGAUGAGAGGGAAGAGUAACCCAGGGGUAUACUUGGAAGAAAAUCUUAAGUAACUGCCAUAGCUGGAGUAGUGCUGUACUUUUAGUGAUAGGAGGGUGUUGGUGAACGGAAGGAAAGGUUGAGAAAGACUCUCACAUAAUUGUAUGCAUUCACUAAGCAAUAACCCUGCAGUCAUGUAAUUUCUUGCCUCUUGCAAUGACAUUUUGGCUCAAAAUGGAAGAGUUGCUUGACAAAUAAUAGCCAUAUUAUAUGUAGAGGGAAGUUAGUGAAUUGGAAGUCAAGAGACCAGGAUUCUCCUCUAUUUGUAUAACUUUAAGUCACUUAACCUAUUUAGCCCCACUUUUGUCAUCAUUUCUAAGUUUUCUUCCAACUCUAAAACUGAUUGGGUUCAGUGUUGGACCUUAAUAUAUCUACUGUAUUGUCCAGCUAUUGUGAAUGGGGAUGCCUUUAUGCAUAUUUACUGCCCCUCGGGUAAUAUUCCCAGGAUUUUAGUUCUCUUCAUCAAGGAAUUGCCCUCUUACAUAUACCUAACUUUAUAUUCUGUCUGGCAGCUAGCUGCCAUGUGGAACUACAUGAUCUUAAUUUAAAAGAUGAGAUAUGAGAGAUUCAAGCAGGGAUUUUGUUGUCUUUCAAGCUACUAUUGGGGGUUAAUAAAAAAACCCUGGGAGAUUUCUGAGUUUUGGAGCAGCUGUCAUGGGACAACCAUAAAAAUUUUAAUCCAGUUACUUUAUAUUACACGGAAGAUGAGGCAAAAUAUUGUAAAUGGUCAUUCAAAAAAUGCUAUCUUGCUUUUUUGUCUCCCUCUCUCUGUCAAGUUAAUCCACUCAUUUCCCAAUCUCGUUUGUGGCUUUUGACAUUGGAUUUGAAUAUUUGCUUAGUGCCACAGAAAAAUUGCUUUGUGGAGAUUGUGUUCUAAUUAUGCAAUAUUUUUCUAUUGCAUCAAAAUUGUAGACUCCAGAAGCAGAUGUAACUUAAAUCAGUGCAAAUUUGAUUUAUGGUUUCUCUUGGAAUCUGAUGUCUGAGCAUCCCAGCAGAAAAGACUAACGAGAAAAAAAAAUCUAAACUUGGGUCAUAGUUAAUGGAAGACAUGACUUCAUGACUUUCAAAUCAAUUACUUUAACUUAUAGGAAUAGUGAAAUAAAAUACUUGUCUCCUGUCGAGCAAUUUUUUAUUUCUUAGCCUAUCCUCUUACAGGGUUCUUAGCAAUGCAUCUGAUGGAUUUUAAAGAGUUAUCCUGUCAUAUUAAGGGGAUAAUGAUUGAAGAAAUGUUAGAAAUUCUGCAAAUGGCUAGAAAAAAGAAUCUGCUAUGGAAGUUCCUUAAGCGCCAAAGUCAGUUAAUGAAAUCUUGCAUUUUUUUAGAUGUUGACUGUAGUUCUAUCUUUAUAAUUUACCCCAUCACCCCCCUCCCAGCCCCACUUCCUCGGUGCUAUGUUCUGUGUAGACUGAACUGAUAAGACUUUGACCUGGAAAUAUUCUGAAUUGAAAUAGAGUAGAAAGACAAACUGGCUUGAAUGUACCAAGGACUUUUUGCUUAAGACAUCCCCUAGGUAUUAACAUCUGAGACAUGCUUAGAAACAGAAGAGUCUUAACAGGUUUAGGAUAUUGGUAGUAGGUAGUAUAUACGUAUGUAAGUGAAUGAAAAUACUCUGUGGUAGAAAACAAAAUUGGAUGCAGUAGAACUCCAGCGUUUCUUUCUAAAGGGAAAGUCUCUGAGAUGUGAAUGAACAGCGGAUCUGCCUGAGAAAAAACGGAUGCCUCAGGUAGGUCAAUUUCUUGCUUCUUGAAGUUAGAAUCAAUAGGCCAAGCUUCAUAAAAGCAUCUAGCUUUGAGGAGGUUUACAUUUUUAAGUGGGAAUUGUUUCACAUUUUGUUACCUGGAUCUUUUUUCAGACUUUGGACUUUGUCAUUUAUUAAAGGGAAAUUCCUGGC